AUUAGUUGAAUAGUGAUCAAAUAGCAUAGAAAAAUAGAGCGAAAGACGCUCUAUCUAUUCAUAAAAAAAGAAAAUUUUUUCAAGCUUUCUAUAAGAAAAAAUAGUACCUCGCUCACUACUUUUGGAUAGCCCUAAGUAAUACAAUGGAUUGAUAUACACUAUCCCAUCCAACAGCAGUGAAAUUCAAUAAUUAUCUGGUUCAAACAUAAGUUGAAUUGGAUUGCAAUUGACUUCAUAUUGAUAUUUGAAAGAUGAAUUAUACUAUUUGGAAUGAUUGAUAGAGAACCAAAACUUAUGUGAAAGGUUAUAAUAGUCAGUCUGAAAGUACAUUUCCAACACUUUCAUAGAUAAUCCAAUGUAUAGAACUAUUGCGUGAUAAAUGCCAAUUUGAACAUCAUACAACCGAAUAAUCAAAAAUACAACGACAAAAAAUAACAAAAUUAUACACUGGCAUUGAUAAUAAGCUCAAUCAACUACUUCAUGAUCAUAAAACUAGAUUAAUUAGAUUACAAAUAAACAACCUGACAUUAAAUGUGAAUGAACUAUAAAGGAUCAACUUGUUAAAUAUUGACCUUAAAAAAGAUUAAUUUUAGAUCGUUUUUAAUCGUAUACUUAAUAAUUAUUUACAAUUUUCCAUUUUGAAUCGCUUGGGACCAGUUAAGAAACAAAAUUAUAUAAGAGUAGGAAUCUGGGUCAAGGACAUUCUCAAGGUUAAAGGACAGUGACUGAUUGAUUUCGAAGAUUCAGCAAGAAUGAGUGCCUAAUAUUAAGGGAAAUUUAGAAAUUUUUGAUUAAGUGUCCAACACUUAACCAUUUCAAAAUAAUAUCGUCAACAUAUAAACAUCAUUUAUUGCAGAAAAACCUCUAAACAUACUGUUCAAUUCGUUGACUAUGUUUCGGAUCUAGUUUUAAUCCAACUUUUUUCUACAUUAGAUCGAUUUAUUCUACCGUAGAGAUUAUAUAGAAGCGGUGAUAUAUGUACUCCUAAAUUAGUUUAGAAAAAUGUUACAGAAAUACAGCCUCAUGGCUUAUGUAUGACGUACACUAUAGAACGAACAUCUAGUACAAAACAGAAAAGAGUAUUUGCAUCUAUAAUUUAUAGCUUUUUCAUUUUUUGAUCUCUUAAUAAAACACCGUUUUGAUUUUGAACAACAUGAUUUAAUCAAGAAAGCAUAAUGAUAAUUUAUUGAUUAAUUCGAUUUAUGACAUUCUGUUUAAGCAAGACUUUCAAAGUUCAUACAUCAUAUUUUAAUGGUCACAAAUCUAGUGAAGUAUUUUUUUUUUCAUUAAAAUUUGUUUCCAUUCACGUGAGAUUGUUAGUCAUGCAAAACGCUUGGGUAAUAAUAAUUCUCACAUUAUGUACUUGCCUCACAAAGGAACUCAUGCGCAUAAAACUGAAGAAAAAAAAAGUGUUUUGCAUAAAUAAGGAAUAUAUCUAUGCCUUGAGAUUUUUACUCAAGAAAGUCAAGGGCUUGAAGAGAAAAGUUUCAACUGAGAAUGGAAAAAACUCUUUUUCGUUUUCUAUUAUGUUUUUUAAGAGUAUUAUGGAGACUAAUACAAGAUUUUUGAGACUUGAACUUUUCCUCGAACUAAAAAGCGAUUAUAAAUUCAAAUAAAGUCGAGUUUCAAGAAAUAUUCGGCUUUAUGUAUAUCAUAUAGCUUUAAAUUGAAAUUAUAUACAGCUGAAUACUGACGUUAAUCCUAUCAUAGCCAAUAAUAGUAUUUUUGAUUAAGUAAAUAAAAACUUUAACUAUGAAGAUUGUAGAAAAGAAAAAAGUAUGAGUAUUGUGUAACUUUUACGAUUAUUGAGCAUUUGUUCAGAGAUACGAGGAUUCUUUUGAAAGAGUGUGUAUCUUGCAUAGUAGAAUUUGUUAUUUAACCAGUCAAGAAUACUACUCAUGGUCUUUAGACAGACGUUCGAAUUUUGAUCGUAAAAACAAAAAUAAGAAGAAAAUAUAUCUUUAGUGGUCUCAGAAAUCUGUUGUUUUGUUUUGCGAUACAGUAUCUAUAGGUGCUGGAAAAAAAUUAAAAUUGAAUGCCAAUAUCAAUAAUUUGUCAUUUUUGUUUUGUAACGUAAAUUUGCCAAGAAUUCUAUGUAUUGAUUUUAGUCCAAUAUACUUCAUUGUGCGAUCAAACAAUCAAUAUUUCAUCAACGACUAUUAUCCAUUUUCAACCAAAUAAAUUAGUUACUUUCUCACAAUGUUGUAUAAUUAGAAUCAAUUCUUCAUCGAACCUAGUAAUUAAUAUUCAUUCUACGCAAUUGCCGUUCACGUAUCUCAACCUUUAUUACAUUAAUAAACAACUAGUUCCAAUAAAUAGUUACACAAACCAAAAUAAUACACAAUAUUCAAAAACAGAUAUUAUAACAUCACAUAUUUCAAGCAAUCUAUGCAAAUUAAAUGAAAUACCAUCAGAAUUUCGAUUAAUUAUUACAACAAUAUCACCAGCUCCAUGCACCAAUGUUUCACAAUUUCGUUGUUUAUCAGAUUAUUGUAUCAAUUCUGAUUUAUAUUGUGAUGGUAUCCAGUCAUGUAAUGAUGGUUCAGAUGAGAAAAAUGAUUGUCAACAGAAAUUAUCAUUAACAAUUCAGAAUAAUAAAUCAAUAAAAUUAACUCGAAAAUUUAGCGGUACACUGAUAACAAUUUCUAUUGUAUUUGGUUUACUAUUAAUAAUAGCAUCCGUGGUAAUUGGUUUUACAUUUGUUUAUGUACAGCGCAAACGUAAACGUCGGCAUUUUACAUAUUCAUUAGAUAAUACUGAAGAUUGGGAUUAUCAUUUAUUUGAUGAUAGGCGAGAAGCACAUGAAACAUCCAGCAGUGAUUUACGUCAACAAAACAUAACUAGUGAACAACUUAAUCAAUGGUCAACAACCAUUCAUACUAUAGAAAAAUAUCAAAUUUAUCUUGAUCAUUCAUUUGAGGAAAGUACUAAACAAUUUUUCUACAAUUGUUCAGACGGUUGGUUUGGUACACAUUGUGAAUAUAUAUUUAACGAUACUUCUAUUACAAAUAUGAAGAAGUUCAUUGAAAAAAGAUUUACGAAAUAUCGUCGACAAACUGAAUCAAAAGAUGUUAGUCAAGUAACAAACGGUACAUGUUACACACAUUUAAAAUGUAUUCAACAUUUUCCUUCUAGAUGA